AUGAUUUAGAAUUAAGACUAAUUAAGCUAUUCUUAGGCAAAAUUUAAAGUUGUCUACUUAAGCGUCUCCUUUUUAAUACUCUUCACAGCUUAUAGCUCUACUUAGAAUAUUAUUGGAGUGCUGUUUAAGGAACAAGGAUACGAAUAGCUUGGAUUCACAUCAUUGAUAUUUUUAUAUUUUUCUUUUGCUAUUUCUACACUUUUUGUAAAUAGGAUCAUCAAAAAAUAUUCUUACAAAACAAUAUUCUCUUUAAGUAGCAUUGGAUACACUCUCUUGAAUAUCAGCGGUAUAUGGGUAACAGUGUGCAAGUAAGAAGAAAAAAUUGGAAUUUGCUCCAAUUAACUAAUAUACUCAAUUACUUUUAUUUUUUCAGCGCUUUGUGGUAUUUCUGCAUCUACUAUAUGGGUAGCUUAAGGAGUUUACAUAGAUCAACUCAGUAGCUAGAUACCUUAGCAUAAAGGAUCAUUAUAUGGUUUAUUUUGGUCUAUAUUUUUAGUGAAUAAUAUCAUAAGUUGCAUUAUGAGUGCAGUUAUUAUUAACUUUAGGAAACCUUUUGACUUUUUCAUUGUGACUAGCUCCUUAGGAAUUAUUGCAACUAUAUUCUUUACAUUUAUACCUCAGCCAACUAAUAAAUAAGAGGAACCUCAUUAGGUUAGAAAUCUAAGAUGUGAAAAAGAUUUAUCAAAGAAAGAGUAGCUCAAAAAAAUUUUUAAGCUGAUAAUAUCUAAAGAAACAAGGUCAUUGAUGGUCUUUACAUGCUUUUCUGGAGUUAUUAUGAGCUUUUGCUCAGGUUUUUUAUCUGAGUUAGUUGAAGAUUCAAUAGGAGUAGAAUAAAUAAAAAAAGAAUUAGAGAGUUAAAAGUUGAGCUUAGUAUGUAUAUGUCUGGGUUUCUUUGAAGUUUUAUCAGGAAUUGUUUCGCAUAAAUUAGGUGACAAGAUAUCUCCAAAUAAGCUAGCUUCAUUCAGUUCUCUAGUUUCGCUAUUCGCUAUUAUGCUUUCAUUUGUUGGGCUAAUUUCACAUAAUUUCUUUUUUUGCUUUCUAAUCGGUGCAAGUUGGGGCUUUAGUGAUGGAUUAUUUGAAAAUCUAAUGUCUAUAAUUGCGUCAAAAAGAUUUGGUGGAUCAGUUUUCAUAUUUUAAGCUAUAAUUUUUAUUUAAAAUAUUGGAUUUUGUUUUUCAUAACUCCUAUUUACAAUGCUCGAAUCAUAACCUAUUUACGUUUAUCCAAUGAUUGUUAAUGUAAUUGCUUUAAUUACCAAUGUCUCUUUGUAAUUUGAAGAAAAAAACGAUCACCAAUAAAGCUAUGUAAAAUUAGAUUAAGAAUAUUCAUUAUUGCCAGAAAAAUAUGACAUUAGUGAAAAAGAUACCGAUGAAUCAGAAGGAUUAGGAAAUUUAAUAACUCCAGAUUUUAUGGAGAGCAGGCUUUGA